AUGCAAGAAGAAUAUGAUAGCCAGCCUGGUUCACCGGGUCCUACGAAGAGAAGACGAUACUCGCGUGUGAGCAGGGCGUGCAAUGAAUGUCGGCUCCGGAAGAUUCGAUGCAAUGGCAGACAGCCGUGUGAUCCGUGUGAGGACUUUGAUCGCCACUGUACGUUUACCUCUACGAAGGGUCAGCGCACGGCAGGGGCGCCCCGAACAAAGAUCCUCGAGGAUCGGUUACGUCGGGCUCGCGCCCUUUUAUCUAAGCUCGAAGCGCAAAUUCCAUCUUCGCAGCUUCAUGCUGAGGUGAACAGCAUUUUUGAUUCGCCGCCUGGGUCCCCUUCGUCCGCCUCAGACACACCGGGUCCAACGGAUCAUCGGUUAGAGGAUCAGUUCGAGAACAUGCUCGACGGCAAAGGCCGGUUAACCUCUAACAAGAACUCCACUGCAUACUAUGGCGGUGGCUCAGGAUUUGCGUUUCUUCAUCAGACACAGCAGCUAUUCAAUCAAGACCCUUCCGGAAGUAAUGAAGCCUCCAAUGGCCCCGUUGACCUGGAUGCCAUGUCAAGACUCUUCGACUCUCCACUCCCAGAUAAGCAGGCAUUAGCGACGGAUGUUCCUUUCGUCAAGCUGUUACCCUCCAGGCAGACGGCAAGGGAGCUACUUCAUGUCGUUUUCCAGCAGACAUAUCAGCUGCUGCAGUUUAUACAUGGACCGACUUUCCAGAAACAGACAGAUCGCAUCUACGACUUGGACCCGAUGGACUUUGAGGAUUCCGACCACGAUUUCUUACCUUUGUUUUAUAUGGUAACUGCGUUGGGAUAUGUGUUUCACCAGAAGAUGCACCGUAAAUAUGGAUGCAAGGGUACCCUCAACCAAGCGAUGCGCCACGUUAUCGCUGCCCGACGAAUGGUAAAUCUCGAUCAUUGCCGAGACAUCCUCUCUUUACAGACUCUGUUGUGCUUCAUCCUCUUCCUCAUGUCAACGGCUCGACUGGCCACUGCCCAUACUUUCAUUGGAUUGGCGGUCGCCGCGUCAAUGCAGAUGGGCCUCCACUCCCAGGCUUCGUGUGACGGUUUGUCCGAGUUUGAAAAGGACAUUCGGCGACGGGUGUUUUGGACAAUUGUCAAGCUUGACAUCUACAGUGGCACCGUUCUCGGCCUUCCUGGAAUGAUCAACCUCGACUAUGUGGACCAACCCAAGCCGAGCGGUCAUGUGCGGGACUACGAAAAUGAAGACAGUGGGGGGUUUGCUUCGAUAAGCACGAGGAGGAUGUUUGCUGCGUCCGCACAAUAUCUCGACGUUCUCUUGAUCAUGGGGAAGGUGACACAGAAGCUGUAUCCUAAAACUGAUUCAGAGGCCCACCGAGUCAGCGGAUCCAAGGGAAUCUACGUGAGCAAUGCCAUCAUCUCGGAAAUUGAGGAAGACUUCAAGACCUGGAGGGAGGGGUUGUCUAGCGCUCUCGGUUCAUCCGACCAAAACGACUCCUUGAGCAGCAUUGUCUAUGAGCUCGAAAUGGUCCACAAUUUCGGCCACAUCCUCCUUUACCGACCUUUUCUGCACUAUCUGGCAAGGACCAAGAGCGACAAUCCUCCUGAUCCUCGAUUACUGCGCUGUGCAACAGCUUGCAUCAAGAUCUCCCGGUUUACCAUUUCGCGAUCGGAUGCAAUGCUCAAGCAAGGGUUCCUGGCACCGGCGGCAUGGCAAUCUGUCUACACGGUGUUCUUGUCUCUCGUGACAUUGGUAUUCUUCCUGGCAACCCAACACGGAAACAAAGAAUAUGCGGCUAUACAGAAAGACACAGAAUGUGGGAUCCGGAUCCUCGCCAGCACAUCUUGCUUGGAUAUUGGAUCGAGAAAAUGUUUGGAAGUAUUGAGGAUCCUCACUCGGAGACUGUCACCGAUCAUCGACCUGGAUAUCGACAAUAUUGCUGCUGUGGCUAAACCGCUUUGCAGGAGCCUCGGCUGCAGUCCAAGGGGUGCUCUCCCGUCGGAGCCGCCACCAUCGCAUAUUGACAAGGACGCGAAACCCUUCAGACUGGAUAAGGCCGGUAGGAAAUUGCCGAGAGAGCCUUCUGCAGUGCCGAAGAACCAGCGUCAAUUUGUUCAUCGUCCUCCACCGACGGCUCAGCAAGUCCCGGCUAUGAACGUGCACUCGUCCAAUAUGAACAUAUACCAGCCAUCUCCAACAUUCUCAUACACAGCACCCCCUCCAAUGUUGGGACAACCCAUGGGCGGAGGAACUGCUGGUCAAGGCCCGGGCUUCUCCAUGUGGGAUCUAGAUCAUACUCUAGGGCUGGACGGAACAGGCACAUUUGGAGAUUCGGAAAUGAAGGUACCGUACACCGGGGGGUUUGCUUGGCCGACGGAAGUAACUGGCGAACCAGAUGCUGCCGGCAACCGUACUCAUACUGUCCGGAGGGGUUCACGCUCACAGCCAGUGAGCCAUCCACUGACACAGCAAGACAUUGCAGCCUUCAUGCGUAUCAAUCCGGGAGAUGAACCGUUCCUUUGA